UUUGCAAAUUAUGUUAUCCGUUCAUUCAAAAAUAAACUAAUAAAUUUAUUUAUGCAUUUUUACUUCUAAAAAUAAAAACACAAUUUUAACAAUUUAAAAUAAAAAAGAAAACAAAUUUUUGAAAGCAAUGAGUUUGUUUGGCCGUUCGUCGCAUCGGUGUGUUAAGCACUUGACACAAAAUGUGAGCCAAAUAUGUAUACGGUGGAACACGAGUAAAUGCGAUGCGAAGGGUGGCAAAGGCGGUAAAGCAGAUCUCCGUACAGUUCUCACCGAAAAAAUCAAAUCAGAACAAGAACGAAUCAAGAAGUUUGUCAAAGAGCAUGGCGACACCAAAAUCGGCGAGGUGAAGAUAUCACAAAUUUAUGGUGGUAUGCGUGGUAUACCAGCAUUACUUUGCGAGACUUCGAUACUCGAUGCCAAUGAAGGUAUACGUUUUCGAGGGCGCACCAUACCAGAAUGUCAUGAGCAACUGCCGAAGGCUGAGUGUGGUGAUGAACCCUUGCCAGAGGGCAUCUUUUGGCUAUUACUGACGGGCGAUAUACCCACAACGGAACAGACACAAAUGGUUACUGACGAAUGGAAUGCAAAGGCCGAACUGCCGGAUUAUGUUAAAAGAAUGUUGGAUAAUUUACCAAAAGAUUUGCAUCCAAUGUCACAGUUUUCAAUGGCCGUAACAUCGCUCAACAAGGAUAGUCAAUUCUUGAAAGCCUACCAUACGGGCGUGAAGCGCGCCGAAUUCUGGAAGUAUUCGCUGGAAGACGGCAUGACAUUGCUCGCCAAAUUGCCAAAUAUAGCGGCGCGCAUUUAUCGAAACAUCUAUCGUGACGGCAAGGGCUGCGAUGAAAUCGAUAAGAAGCUGGAUUGGGCGGGCAACUAUGGUCGCAUGCUAGGCUAUGACGAUCCACUUUUUUACGAAGUUUUACGCCUGUAUCUGUACGUACAUAGCGAUCAUGAUUCGGGCAAUGUUUCAUCACACGCCACCCAUUUAGUGGCGUCGGCAUUAAGUGAUCCGUUUCUUGCAUAUGGAGCUGGUCUAAACGGUUUAGCCGGUCCUCUACAUGGGCUGGCCAAUCAACAGGUAUUAGUGUGGAUGGAAAAAAUGCAAAAAGAAUUGGGUAGUAAAAAUCCACCGGAGGAAAAAGUCGAAGAAUAUGUACUAAAAACUUUGAAAUCGGGCCAAGUGAUACCUGGUUACGGACAUGCGAUCUUGCGUAAAACUGACCCACGCUAUCUGGCGCAACAAGUAUUCGCCGACAAGUAUUUACCGCAAUAUGAAACAUAUCAAUUGGUGAAGACAAUUAACAAGGUGGUCCCAAUCGUACUGCAAUCGCGAAAGAAAGUAAGAAAUCCCUGGGCAAAUGUGGAUGCCCACUCCGGUGUCUUGUUGCAGUACUACGGUUUGAAGGAAAUGCAAUACUAUACGGUGUUGUUUGGCGUUUCGCGUGCACUUGGUGUGAUGGCGUCGAUCACCUGGCAUCGGGCCUUACAAAUACCCAUCGAACGACCGAAGAGCUUCACCACUGAUGCAUUAAUGGCGAUGGCGAAAGCACAAGCAGGUGGUAAAAGCAAAUGUGAUGGCAAAGGUGAUAAAAAAUAGAAAAUGAAAAAAAAAAAAAUUUAAAUGGCGUUUAAAUAUUAUCUUGUGUUGACCGGUAUGAUGUUAAGUAGUAUCAAGACAAUAUUAACUUUACACGUUACCCAUGUUCCGUUUAGCGAAUUAAAAUGCGUUAAUUUUUGGACUUUAAUUUUAA